ACUCCAAACCUACUGCUUGCAUACAAACUACUGGUAAAUGUAAUACACAGGUUCUCUAACUACACUGCAAAGUUGGACAUAUUUUAAUCUUUUUGUACAGUCAGGGUACGGUGAGAUGUUUUCCUUCUUUUCCUGGUUUGUACCAAGUUUACCUACUUGGCUUACACUUGAAACAAAUCCUCUAGACUGUAUUUUACAAGGACUCGUGGGUGCAUGUGGGAUCUCAGUUCUUUGUAAUCUUUUAAGGGUUUACUUGUUCGUUGAAGCACAGAGUAUUGCUGACAGCAAAGAUGACGUUAAAAAUAAGAGUAGUCAUGGUGGUCUAAUACAAAGAAUACAGUUCUGGAUCCUGACAGUGAUUCUUGGCUUUGUGGGUUCUCGAGUUGCAUCACUAGUGGUUCUUGAGUUCUGCCUUCGUGCAGUCUCAUCACGACUCACAGCUUCAUCAGACACACUGGGUGAUUCUUUACUACAGUUGCUAGUCCAGUGCCAGUUCUCUUUAGGGUGUGCAUUCAACUGUAGUCUUCAGUUUCUCCAUGAGGGGGCACCACAAGCCUGGCUAAGUCUCCUCCUUGCUGCAGGACUGAGCUGGUUUUUGGCUAGCCAGUGUUCUAGAUUAUGGCAUCAUGUAAAGGCGAUGUACCCAAUACAUAGCACCCAGCGCUACUGCGGUGUCUGUAUUGGGCUCCUGACCACUGGCACCUCCAUCUUACCCUUCCUUUGUAGUGCCUUAAUCCUGACCUUUAGUGUGGCUGGCAUUGCUGCUGUAUCAAGCAUCAACCAACACUUUCUGUCAACUACUGAGGCCUUGAGGUUCUGGACACCUCUUACAAUCUGCUACACUCUUCUGAUUAUCUAUAUGAAUGAUGAACAGCAUCGGCAGCCGGGUGGUCAGGCCCUUCUGAACACGGUGAUAGUGCGGCUAGGGGGCCUACUAGUUCUAAUGCUUACUGUAGGAAGGUGGGCAGAUGUGCUACACAUCCUAGUGUGCUUCAUCGGUGAAGCUGCCUGUCUGUUACCAGCUCAGGACCUACUGGACAGCGCAUUUAAGGACGUUGCAGAUGUUUCCAGACGUUCUGUGAUGAAAACUGAAAACCAGAGAAGACAAAAGAAACUGAACUGAGCCUCAAAGGCUCACCGAUUACUAUGUGAAACGGACUUAUAAAGAGAAGACAAGAAAAGUGUUCAGACUCCAAAAGAGACUGUUGUUCAGGGAAAAAGGAAACUUCUAAAAUGCCCAGUGUUCAUGCCUACAAUCAAAAACUGUUGAAAGUAAAUAGCAACAGUAAAAGUAACUUGUCUAUUACUUGUAAAAAGUUGACUACAUAUCAUAGUUGUCGGAACAGAAGCACGCAUCUCCAAAAUAACAACUUUACAGGAGAAAA